UGUUUCCCCCAGGGCAACUGAGUCUGUCUAUUGUUACGGAAGGGAGAGGAAAAGAAUGGAAGGAGGAGGAGGAGAGCGGACGGUGGCGGCGUGCCGCCACAGCAAGGGCGUCAUCCGUGUAUGUAUAUACUCAUUUGUGUGUGUGCGCGCGCGCACGAGCACCACCGGACACAAGGCAUGCACACUCGGAGGGCAGAGCAAGGCCGGCAGCAGUGGUGGCGGAUGAGGAGAAGGAGAAAUCACAGCGGGAAUCACGCAAAGGAGGGAGGAAAAAAGCAAGACGGCGGGGGCGGCCAUGGCAACGCUGGCCACGACGACCACGACAGCCACGACGGCGACGACGGCCACUGCAGCAGCGCAGACCACUCACUUGGAGGAGGCCGGCGACUUGCGCAGGCGCUUAUUGAAGAAGUCCGUGAUGACCCCGGCAGCCGGGCUCGGGGCGUACCUCCGGUCGGCAUGCAGGUCCGGGAAGUCGCGCUUCAUCAGCCCCGGGAAACGCUUGUUCAGCAGGACAAUGGUGCUGGCUGGCAUGAGGGAGUGCUCCAGGUAGCGCGACGCCCGCACCAAGGCCCACACCGCGGGCAGGGCCUCCGGCGACUCGUGCACCACCCCCUCAAUCAGCCGGUGCAACAUGAUCGGGGUGAUGUGCGUCCGGAAGGCAUCCGGAACCGGGAGCUGCCGAGCUGCCUCCGGGUCCCCGGCACGAGCGGCCCGCAUCAGGGCCGCCUCGGCCGACGGCGGACUAGCCAGCGCGGCAUCCGGCAGGAGCAGCCGGGCAAAUUCCCGCCCUGGGCCAGUCAGCCCGGCGGCCGCCAGCGGGAUGUCCCCGCCAGCACCGGCGGAGGUGGCAGAAUCGCCGGCUCCAGCGUGGCCGGCCGCGGCCCACCCCUGCACCAGGGCCAGGCUCACAUCGAAGAGCGGGGUCUGCACCAGGCUAUCGAAGAGAGCCUGCCGCGCUUGCGGCGAAGCAUCCAACAGGCGACGCAUGCCCCCGGCACCGAGGCGCUCCAGCACGUGCAGCGUCUGCACCGCCAGCAGGUUUGAAGUCCGAGCCCCGGACAUCUGGUACGGGUUGACGAGCACCGGCCGGAAGAACCGCGCCAGCAGGUCAUCCGGCAGCGGCAGGCGCGUGUCCAAUGCCCAGCUCAGCAGAUCCAGGGCCUCCUCACACCGGUGCCCAUCAAGCAGGCCGUGCAUCAGGUGCGUGUACAGGUCGCCCUGGGUUCCGGCUUGCGGGAGCAGCAGCUGCCCGGCCACCAGCAGCAGGUCCGUGUGCAGACGCCCGGGCAGCGGGGCCCGCCGAUCCGGCAGGGAGUACACCUCGGACGUGGAAGACCCCGACGACGAGAUCACCCCCCGGCGGGGAGACAGCGGUGGCCGGAAGGCGGUGGUCAUUUCCCGCAGGAUGACCGCCUCCGGUGGCACUGGCGAGUCGUGGCCCAGGUCGCGGAAGAGCACCGGGCGCCGAGUCGGCAAAUUGGCCUCGGUCCCGGACACCAGCGCCUCGAAGGCGGGCGAUUGAAUCACCGCAUCCAAGCUCCGGCGCGGGGCCGGCUCACUGGCACCGAGUGCCCCGUCCUCCCAGCCGAAGCUCGGAACCGGGGCAGGCUGCGCCUCUGGCAGGUCGGGCACCAGGUGGCGGAGGAAGAUCGCCCGCCGGCGACCCUGGGCCGAAAUCCGGGAUGGGCCGCCAUCGGCGUGAUUCACAUCCGCCGUCCACAUGGAUCGAUCGGCAAACGGCACCACCGAUGCGUCCAACUGGUGCCGGGC